UCAGAUACUAAAUCCCACUGGAGUGUAUAGCGCUUACUCCCAGUCCUCCUACACUGAAUACUCUCCCUCACACAGAAAAUGGAAGACGAAAUUUUUGCAGUUGUCAUAGAUAAUGGAUCUGGUAUGUGCAAAGUUGGCUUUGCAGGAGAUGAUGCUCCACUUGCUGUGUUCCCCUCCAUUGUUGGACGCCCCAGGCAUCAGGGUGUAAUGGUUGGUAUGAGCCACAAAGACAGCUUUGUGGGUGAUGAGGCACAGAGCAAAAGAGGAAUCCUGACUCUCAAGUACCCCAUUGAGCAUGGUAUUGUUACCAACUGGGAUGACAUGGAGAUGCUCUGGCAUCACAUCUUUUACAAUGAGCUGAGAGUUUCCCCUGAGGAGCAUCCAGUCCUGCUCACAGAGGCCCCCCUGAACCCCAAGAUAAACAGGGAAAGGAUGGCACAGGCCAUGUUUGAGACCUUCAACACUCCUGCCAUGUAUGUGGCCAUCCAGGCAGUGCUGUCCCUGUACGCCUCUGGUCGUACCACUGGUAUUGUCACAGACUCCGGUGAUGGUGUGACCCACACUGUGCCCAUCUAUGAAGGUUACGCUCUGCCCCAUGCCAUCCUCAGGUUGGACCUGGCUGGCAGGGACCUCACAGACUACCUUGGUAAAAUCCUCACUGAGAGGGGCUACAGCUUCACUACCACAGCUGAGCAUGAGAUUGUACGUGACAUCAAGGAGAAGCUGUGCUAUGUUGCAUUGGACUUUGAGAGAGAGCUUGAAAGAGCUGCCUGUUCUUCGUCAUUGGAUAAGAACUAUGAGCUGCCUGAUGGACAGGUCAUCACCAUUGGGAACGAGAGGUUCCGUUGCCCAGAGGCUCUCUUCCAGCCCUCAUUCCUUGGUAUGGAGGCUUGUGGCAUCCAUGAAACUACCUUUAACAGCAUCAUGAAGUGUGACGUGGACAUCCGUAAGGACCUGUACGCCAACACUGUGCUGUCUGGAGGUACCACCAUGUACAAAAGCAUUGCUGAACGCAUGCAGAAGGAGAUCACUUUCCUGGCACCCAAAAACCUAAAGAUCAAGAUUAUUGCUUCCCCAGAGAGGAAGUACUCUGUAUGGAUUGGAGGCUCCAUCCUGGCUUCUCUGUCCACCUUCCAGGACAUGUGGAUCAGCAAGCAGGAGUACGAUGAGUCCGGCCCCAGCAUUGUCCACAGAAAGUGCUUCUAGACAGACUGCCUCAACCUAUCAAAGCACACACUGCUACAAACCCCAUAGUGACUGUCUCGGCAUACAUGUCUACACCACCAGAAUGACGUAUGCCAAGCCUACACCUCUUCCAUUUUUCAUUCAUCACUCUGGGUAUGGCGCCAUGCACCCUGAUGGGGAGAAAUUCUUCCAAGUUUAUUUCCAAAAUUUAGCCCACUGAUGUUGGAAAUGUUUUUAUGAUAACACUCAGUACAUUAGUAAAUUUAUAAAUCAAGCAAAAUUCUAUUUUUUUGUUCUGCCUAAUUUGCACAACUUCUGUUUUUUGCUUCACUAUUACUUUAUUAUUACACAUAUAGUUUCACACUAAUGCUCUUAUUAACUAUCAGUGUUCUUCCCAGUGAAAUCUGGAAAAUCUACAUCUUACAGAUUGAACAAUUUCAUAAUAUAGUGAAAUGCAGAGAUUGGGUUCAGCUUCGUGAAGAUGUAUUUGACAAAUUUUGUGGUGUAAAACACAAUAUUGAACACUGAUUGAAAGUUAACAAGAAAACUGAAAGUAUGCACUGGAAGGGGUAAUCAGUCUUGAGACAAAAUGCCAUGGUUGCUCAUUUGAAUUGUCCAGCAUCAAAUUAGUCAUAAACUGAAGCAGGUUUAUGCAGCACAUCCAUAUCCAUCCAGCUAACAAAGACACACAAACUCUGAAAUCAGCAACCAAUCACAUUCCAGAUGUGUGUUCACAAAACACAAUGAGUGAUGUAGACUUCAGAAAAAUUGUCCCCUUACUAAAUGAAAACAUUGUUAUUCCCUCGCACUGAUUUUCUUGUGGGCACAGCCUGCCCGGUGUGGAAAAACUUUGCUAGUUUUAUUAAUAGCCAUCUGCUAUAAUGAAUGGAGGGAAAGACUUUAUCUUAUUUUUCUGCAAAUAUUGAUUUAUAAAGAUGAAUUAAUAGCACAAUGUAAAGGUAAAAGCCGUGCCCUAAUGACUUAAUUUUGUUUUAUGUUUUAGUACUUUUUUAUCAGCAGACUUUUCUUUUUCUUAGAGAUGCACUGUAUUUAGG